AUGAACAAAGAAAGAGAACAGCGUGAGCUUAUCAAACAAAAGCUCCAAGAACAAAGCAACAUCGUUGAGCCCAUGAUGAAGUUCCUUCGAAAGUUUUCGAAGCACCUUCGCCGUGACUUUUUGGCAAUUCUUGUCAAAAUGGCCUCAAAAGAAUUUGCAAUUCCCACAGUACGUCGUGAUUGGCGCACCAGGAAAGGAAUGAUUGCGUUCCUCGUUGACAACUGGUCAAAUAUCAAACACUUGAUCAUGACAGAUACAUUUUUCAAAUGGUACUGCUGGCAAUUCCCAAUGUUAGAGGAUCUUCUUGUCAACCGCAACUUCGUGAUGUUCCUCUACGACAACUGGGCUAAAUACAAACAGAUUUUAACAAAUUCAAACACGAAUUUUCUUUUAACAAUGAAUAUGCCUAAUUUACUACAAUUGAUUUCGAAUGCAAGCUCGUCGGUGGACACUUUCCCGUCGAAUUGGUGCCAGUUGGAGAUUGGCAUCGGACUUCGCAAUUUAUUUGGUCAUUUCCUACGCGUCAGCAAGUCGCAAGCUGCGCCAGAGAUCCAGCACUCGCUCUCCGUACCGAAUAUUGUCAAUUCCAUUACAGAUUGUUCAGCAAAUGAACAAAUGUCAAUCGGAAGUAGCAAUUUAGAGAUGAAUAGCGAGUUUAGUGCACCAACUUCUGAUCCCAUGGAAGUUAGCGUAGCUCCUGAUCCGACUUAUACCUAUUCUAACGAUAAUUUAGAUGAUUUCGAUGAUUUUCUCUUGAAUCAAGGAGAAAUUCCUUCGCCAUCUAAUGACGUAGACCAAAUGGAAUUCGCGGAGUAUAUUAUAUAA